AAACCUCACAAUGCCAUUCAGCAGCACACAGCAGAGACAAGGAGAGACACCAGAACCAGCUUUCAUAUUGAAACAGACGACAGACUUUCAACAGACACAAAGAUGAAGAUGCCACAGCUUCUCAUCCUCCUGUUGACCAUUUUGGUGCACGCAGCAGCCGGUUUCCCCACAGACAGAAGAGCUCUGCAGGGCCAGGACAAACGCGUCUCCUGGGAUGACGUGAACGUGGUGGCUCAUGGCCUCCUGCAGCUGGGCCAGGGUCUGAAGGAGCACGUGGACAAGACCAAAGCCCAGAUGAGAGACGUCAACGCCAAACUGAAAGCCUUCAACGGCACGGUGGCCGAACUGGAGAGGAAGCAGCAGGAGCAAGAUGAAGCUCUGAAGGCAAAAAGCAAAGAUGUGGAGGAGAGGGAGAGACUGGCGGCAGAGCUGUCUGAGGAGGUGAAGGUGAAGGUGGAAGAGGUGGAGAAGCAGAGCGAGGACAUCCACUCCAGGAUGGACAGACUGGAGAAGAAGGUGGAUGAGGUGCUAACAGAGCCGAUACUGGACAACAACAACAGUGAUCACACAGGAGUCCCAUUUAUCCAGAGGCUGGUGGCGGCUCAGAACAGACGCAUUGACCAGCUGGUGGAGAAAAUCAAGCAGCAACAAGACAAACUAGAAAAACAGAGUCUGCACCUACAAGCACUGCAGAGCAAGGUUGCACAUAAGAGAGUAAAAUCACACAGACGGAGAGAUGAAGAGACGGCACUGAGGGGAGAGGCAGGGCAGAGCAAAAACACAUCAGGUUGGGCAAGAGACUGUCACGAUCUGUUUGUACAAGGGCAGCGCACCAGCGGCAUCUACACAAUCCAACCAGAGAGCUCCCAGCCCUUCAAAAUCCUCUGUGAAAUGACUUCAGAAGGUGGAUGGACCGUCAUCCAGAAACGUCACGAUGGAUCCCAGAACUUCAAUCAGCUGUGGGAAAGCUAUAAGAGAGGCUUUGGCAGCCUGAAUGGUGAGUUUUGGUUGGGCUUGGAGAACAUCCACUCGCUCUCCAAACAAGGCCAGUACGUCCUGCAGGUGGAGCUCUCUGAUUGGGCGGGACAGCAGCAGCAGCCGGCGGUGGUGGCUCGUUAUCAAUUCCAACUUGACGGAGAAGAGAAGAAGUUCACUCUCCACCUGCAGCAGGAGUCUUCAUCUGGGGUUCAGGAGAAAAUAAUGAAGACUGGAGCUUCUGGUGUUCCUUUUUCCACAGCCGACAGAGACAAUGACCUCGCUGCAGACAUCAACUGUGCUGAACUGCUCUCAGGCGGUUGGUGGUUCAGUAGUUGUGGUAAGUCAAACCUCAACGGCAGAUUUCCCAGAAGGCCGAGCCUGCUCAGACAACAGAAGUCCAGAAGACAAGAGAUGUUUUGGACGUCCACAAAGGGACAAAACACCUCACUGAGGACCACUCUUCUGAAGAUCGCACCCGCCACAAUAAAGCAAUAAGCAGAUCAGUCUCAAAGGACAAACAGCAAAAAAUAUCAUUAACUUAAAUUCAAUUUUAUUUAUAUAGCGCCACUUCAUAAGAGAAGUUCUCACUGCACUUUAGCUAUAGAGCAGGUCUAGACCGUAGACCUGAAUAAUUAAUUACAGAGACCCAACAAAUCCCACCAUGAGCAA